GCCCAAUGAAUGGGAGCUCCGUGGCCAGAGCCUGGGAGGAGCAGACUGCGCCUGAUGCAAUCCCCAGCAAAGGCAAGGCAAGGCAAAGGCGAGCAUGUCUGCAGUGAUCCUGGAGCAGACGGGCAGGAUGGCCCUGGAAGUCUAUGUUUCUGAUCGAGAAGGAAGUGAUGCUACAGGAGAUGGAACGCAGGAUAAACCAUUCAAAACUGCUUUGCGGGCUUUGAUGUCUGUUGGAAAGGAACCAUUUCCUACAAUCUAUGUGGAUUCUCAAAAAGAUGACCAGAGAUGGGAAACUAUUUCCAAAACACAGUUCAAGAAUGUUAGAAAAUUGUGGCAGAAGGAACAACAGAAAAGUGAAGCCAGAGAAAAGAAAGAGGCAGAAGACCUCUUGCGACGUGAGAAGAACUUAGAGGAGGCAAAGAAGAUUGUCAUUAAGAAAGACCCCAGCCUCCCAGAACCCAAGUGUGUGAAAAUCCGUGCACUAGAGGCCCACAGAGGGGAGAGAAUAAAAGUUUUUGGCUGGGUCCACAGAUUGCGCAGACAAGGGAAAAACCUGAUGUUCAUCGUGUUACGGGAUGGCACGGGCUAUCUGCAGUGUGUCUUGUCUGAUGAACUGUGUCAGUGUUACAAUGGAGUGAUCCUCUCAACGGAAAGCACUGUUGCCGUCUAUGGAACGCUCAACCUGGUCCCAGAAGGUAAACAGGCUCCAGGAGGCCAUGAGCUGAACUGUGACUACUGGGAACUCAUUGGGCUGGCUCCGGCAGGUGGAGCUGAUAACCUGGUCAAUGAAGAGUCGGACGUUGAUGUGCAGCUGAACAACCGGCACAUGAUGAUUCGUGGGGAGACCCUGAGCAGGAUCUUAAAGGUGCGCUCCACAGUCGUCCAGUGCUUCAGGGAUCACUUCUUUGACCGAGGCUACUAUGAGAUCACUCCACCAACACUGGUUCAAACACAGGUGGAAGGGGGCUCUACUCUGUUCAAAAUGGAUUACUUUGGCGAAGAAGCAUAUUUGACGCAGUCAUCCCAGCUGUAUCUGGAGACCUGCAUCCCAGCAUUGGGAGACACUUUUUGCAUUGCUCAGUCAUAUAGAGCUGAACAGUCUCGGACGCGCAGGCAUUUAGCUGAGUACACACACAUUGAAGCCGAAUGUCCUUUCAUGAGCUUUGAAGACUUGCUGAACCGUUUGGAGGAUCUAGUUUGCGAUGUUGUGGACAGAGUCUUGAAAUCACCUGUAUCUGAGUUAUUGUAUGCCCUCAAUCCAAACUUUGAACUCCCAAAACGUCCCUUCAGGCGCAUGAACUACACAGAUGCCAUUGUGUGGCUGAAGGAACAUGAUGUGAAGAAGGAAGAUGGAAACUACUAUGAAUUUGGAGAUGAUAUUCCGGAGGCUCCCGAGAGACAGAUGACGGAUGCCAUUAAUGAGCCAAUCUUGCUGUGUCGAUUUCCUGCUGAGAUAAAGUCCUUCUACAUGCAGCGCUGCCCUGAGGAUUCCCGCCUUACUGAAUCUGUUGAUGUACUGAUGCCCAAUGUUGGAGAGAUUGUGGGAGGCUCAAUGCGUAUUUGGGACAGUGAGGAGCUGCUGGAAGGCUACAAGAGAGAAGGCAUUGAUCCCACACCUUAUUAUUGGUACACAGACCAGCGUAAAUAUGGCACAUGCCCACAUGGUGGCUACGGCUUGGGCUUGGAAAGAUUCCUAACCUGGAUUCUGAACAGGCACCACAUUCGGGAUGUGUGUCUCUACCCACGCUUUGUCCAGCGCUGCAAACCCUAACUGAGAUCAACUUGGGCAGAAUCCAAGCCAGUGUUCACCAGAGCCCUCCUCUUUGCUCUGAAGAUCCUGUUUCAUCAUCCUACAAAAACAAAUAUUCUUCAUUCUCUUUUUUUUCAAGUGAAAAUAUAAUCAUGUUGAAUUUAACUUGAAAUUCACUGAUUUCAGGAACUCUUCUUUCCUCCCCUCCCUUCCUUACCUCAUUCAUUCUGUUGGGAUAUUUGAAUGUACUGAUUACUAGUUGUUGUUGUUGUUUUUAUAAGCAGUAUGCAUUACUUAGUGCCAAAACAAUACACUGCAGAAAUAAUCCAGUUCGAGACUGCUUUAACUGCCCUGGCUCAGUGUUGGGGAAUUCUGGAAACUGUAAUUUGUUGUGGCACCAGAGCUCUCUGACAGAGAAAGGUAAAUGACUCACAAAACUACAGUUCCCAGAAUUCCCUAGCAUUGAGCCAGAGCAGUUAUGGUGGUCUCAAACUGGAUUAUUUCUGCCAUGUGAUUUAGCCCUUAGAUAUCACCUAUUUUGCAACAUGCAGCUUUUACAGGUCCCUAAAAGAAUCCCAUAAAAGUAUUUUCAUAAUUUUCAAAAAGGUCUAGGCUUGACAUCUGAUAAAACGUUAAACUACUACUAAAAAGUGGGGGGGGGGGAAUAAUUACCGUUUUCCAAAAUGUACGUUUUCAUUUGGGUUCUUAGAAAGAGAAGAAAAUAAAUUCAUUGGACAGUUAACUCUCCCUUGAGACUAUCUACCAAAAUGCAGAAUGUUGCCAUGAAGGUAUACCAGUUCUCAAACUGUAGUAACCUAGUCAUUAAUUGCAGCUUACUUCUUUGUCUUAAGUAUGAUAAGGCAUCUUGUAUAAAAGGGGGAUCUUGGCUGGGACAAUGUUGAAAUAUAAACUAUAAGGAACAAUACUUGUAGGAAGGUAAAUGUAUUCCUACUUGCCAAUCUCUUUUGACUAUAUGUAUGUGUUGAAAUUUGUGUUAAUUUAUCAUUUGGCUUGCCAGAUGAGGAUGACUUCUAUUAAAGCUCCCCAUUGCUUCAGAAUGUCUUGAGCAACUAUGAUCUUGGGAGAUGCAGCCUCUACGUUUUAUACUUGGCUAGCAUGCUUUUCAACAUGUCUGCUAUGGUUAAAAAACAACUCGCAACUUGUUGGCAUAGCUUCCCCACCAAGAACCUUAGCAAUUGUAGUUUUUAAGUAGGAACUGACACCUCUCAGUUCCUUGUCAAGCCAGGUGUCAGGUUUCUUGGAAAGAGGUCAGCCAAAACUGAUAGACAUGU